AUGCUGGUUGCUGGCAUCAUCUUGAUCAUUUUUGAAGUGCUGUCACUGGUUAUAGGUGUUGCUAUGAUGAUGUCAGUCAGAAUGGCUCCUCCUCUUCCUCUGAUCUUUCUGAUCAUGAUUCACGUUUUUAAUGAAGAUGGUUGGGGUGUGAGUUACAGUCAUUCACACAUCUGUGCACUAAAGAACUCAUCAGUGAUAAUGAGCUGCACUUAUACAUACCCUACUGGACAUCAGAUCAAGAAAGUUUUCUGGACCAAAAACAUUGUAAGAGUGGGUGAAGAGCAUCCAGAUCUGUCUGAUGACACUGAAUACAGUCAGAGGCUUCAGUAUCUGGGAGAUAAACAGCAGAACUGCACCAUCAGACUGAGUCAUGUGACACAGAAAGAUGAACACAUGUACUGUUUCAGAUUCAUCACUGAUAAAACUGUGAAAUGGCUUGGUCAUCCAGGAGUGACUCUUACUGUCACAGAUCUUCAGGUGGAGUCUCCUGAGAGAGUGACAGAGGGAGAUUCAGUCCGUCUGACAUGUAAAAGCAGCUGCGCUCUGACUGACGGAGCAACAUUCAUCUGGUACAGAAACUCACAGCCAUUAACUGAGAGAAGAGACCGAAACAAUCAACUCCUGCUGCAGUCAGUCAGAAGAGAGGAUGCAGGCAGAUAUAGCUGUGCUCUACAUGGACACACUUACAUCUCUCCUGCUGCUCAUCUCAGUGUCAUGUGUGAGUAG